UAUUCAAUCAGUGCAUUUGCGGAUUUCAAACGAAACUGUUGAUUUUGCGAAACAAAAGUGAAUUCGUGAUUUGUUGACAAAGUGUGAUUAUAUAAAUAUUAUUUUGAACGAACAGCAUUAUAUAAAAAAUUUACAGAAAAUAUUUUCUACUAUUUUGUUCUGAAACAUUUUUCUGUAAAUAUACAUAAGUACAUAAAAUUUAGAAAUCACAAAUGGCUAAACUAGCACUCGAGCUUCUCACACUGGAAAACAAUGUUUUCAAAGCUUAUCUCUUCUGGUCCGCAAUUUUAGUGUUGAAAAUGUUAUUCAUGUCGCUGUUGACGGGAUUUAUGCGUUUCAGGACAAUGACCUUUAUCAACGAAGAGGAUAUACUCAACAAACGUCUCAAGGUGAAGUAUAACGAUCCAGAUGUGGAGCGAGCACGCCGAGCACACCGCAACGAUUUGGAAAACAUUCUGCCGUUUUUCACCAUUGGCUUCUUGUAUGUGCUGCUAGAUCCCAGUGCUGCUUUGGCCAUCAAUUUGUUCCGAGCCGUGGGCAUCUCACGCAUUUUACACACCUGUGUUUACGCCAUUGUUCCAGCGCCACAACCGAGUCGACUCUUAGCUUUUCUUGUCACCGUCUUCGUCACCAUCUACAUGGCUUGUGAAGUAGCUCGAGCCGUGUAUUAGGAGCGUCAAUGUGAGGCAAA